AUGGCCUCAUCCGCCAACCUCGACCCCGGUGCCGACGCCAUGUCCCAGAAACUCGAGCACACGCAGAGGGCACGCUGGGCCACCCGCAAGAUGACAAUCAAGAGCAGUCGCACCAAGCGGCUCUCCCUAAUCAACCGCGUGCAGCACCGGAGAACCCCGUCCAACGAGAAGGAAUCUGCGGGGGGUCAAGGCAACGAACCACCUUUGGUAGGCUCUGGCGACGGAGACGCCCAGGACUCGGAUUCGGACUCGGGAGAGUCGCACGACGACAGUAACAGCCGCACGCUGUACUUCAACCUCCCUCUCCCCGGUGAGCUACUCGACGACGGCCAUCCGAUGUACAGCUUCCCGCGGAACAAAAUCAGGACGGCAAAGUACACACCACUCUCGUUUAUUCCCAAGAACUUGUGGUUCCAAUUCCACAAUGUGGCCAACAUUUUCUUUCUCUUUCUUGUCAUUCUUGUUGUGUUUCCCAUUUUUGGCGGAGUCAACCCCGGGCUCAACGCCGUUCCCCUCAUUUUCAUCAUUGUCGUCACUGCCAUCAAGGACGCCAUUGAAGACUACCGACGCACCAUCCUCGACAUCGAGCUCAACAACGCCCCUGUUCACCGGCUACACAACUGGAACAAUGUUAAUGUCGAGGAAGACAAUGUUUCCUCGUGGAGAAAGUUCAAAAAGGCCAAUUCGCAGUUCUUUGGCUCCAUGUGGCGUGCCAUUGAGAGUUUGUGGUCCAAGAAGGCCAGGACCGUCAGGGUGGAGCGCAAGGCGCGCAAGUUGAACCCUACAGAGGAAGAUGAGGGCCGCAUCUCGGUUGAGACUGUGCGCACCCGGAGGUCGAUGCGCGAGUCUCUCACCUCACCAUUUGCCGCCGAGUCUUUCGUGUCUGCGCGAGAAGAUAUCCAGAUGACUCCCGUACCGUCCCCCAUUUCGGCUAGCAAUGUUAAUGUUCCUCGGAUUGAACUGCCCGACGGUGACAACGGCGACGACGACGACAAAGAAGACAACGACGCCAAACGCGACGCGGCAGCCCAGUCGAUGAAAUCUGACCUCAUCAACCAUCGGCAUGCCCCUCAGGGAGCCAGGUUCAAGAAGGAUGCCUGGAAGAGCCUCCAAGUCGGGGACUUUGUCCGAAUCUACAACGACGACGAACUGCCCGCCGACGUCAUCAUCCUCUCAACUUCGGACCCUGAUGGCGCCUGCUACGUGGAGACGAAGAACUUGGAUGGCGAGACGAAUCUGAAGGUUCGCCAGGCUCUGCGCUGUGGACGAUCUCUCAAGCACGCCCGCGACUGCGAGAGGGCCGAGUUCAGGAUCGAGAGCGAGCCUCCGCAACCCAAUCUUUACAAGUACAGCGGUGCCGUUCGAUGGCAUCAAACGGUCCCCGGGUACCCCGACGACGAGCCCGAGGACAUGACGGAGCCCAUCACCAUCGACAAUCUCCUGCUGCGAGGAUGCAACCUCCGCAAUACCGAGUGGGUUCUCGGCGUCAUCAUAUUCACAGGGCACGACACAAAGAUCAUGAUGAAUGCCGGCAUGACGCCUAGCAAGCGCGCCAGGAUCGCCCGUGAGAUGAAUUUCAACGUUCUCUGCAACUUUGGCAUACUUCUCAUCAUGUGCUUGCUCUCAGCCAUCGUUAACGGCGUGGCCUGGGCAAAGACGGAUGCCUCACUCCACUUCUUCGAAUUUGGCUCCAUCGGUGGCAGCCCCCCUAUGAGCGGCUUCAUCACCUUCUGGGCCGCCAUCAUCGUCUUCCAAAACCUGGUCCCAAUUUCCCUCUACAUCACACUCGAAAUUGUGCGCACGCUCCAGGCCGUCUUCAUCUUCAGCGACGUGGAGAUGUACUACGACAAGAUCGACCAACCCUGCAUACCCAAGUCUUGGAACAUAUCCGACGACGUUGGUCAGAUCGAGUACAUCUUCUCCGACAAGACGGGUACUCUCACGCAAAACGUCAUGGAGUUUAAAAAGGCGACCAUCAACGGCCAGCCCUACGGUGAGGCCUAUACGGAGGCGCAAGCCGGGAUGCAAAAGCGACUUGGCGUCGACGUCGAGAAGGAGACGGCGAGAAUACAGUCUGAAAUUGCCGAGGCCAAAGUCCGAGCCCUGGCCGGACUCCGCAAAAUCCACGACAGCCCGUAUCUUCACGACGAAGACGUCACCUUCAUCGCACCGGACUUUGUCUCGGACCUGGCAGGCGAGUCUGGACCCGAGCAACAGGCGUCCAACAAAGAGUUCAUGCUGGCGCUGGCCCUCUGCCACACCGUCAUUGCAGAGAGGACGCCGGGUGACCCCCCAAAGAUGACCUUCAAGGCACAGUCACCCGAUGAAGAAGCCCUGGUCGCCACGGCUCGAGACAUGGGCUUCACCGUCUUGGGCAAUUCCGGUGACGGCAUCAAUCUCAACGUGAUGGGCGAGGACCGCCACUACCAAAUCCUCAACACAAUCGAGUUCAACUCCAGCAGGAAGCGAAUGAGCUCCAUCGUCCGGAUGCCCGACGGUAAAAUCGUGCUCUAUUGCAAGGGCGCCGAUUCGGUAAUCUACGCGCGGCUGAAGCGAGGCAAGCAGCAACAAUUGAGGCGGGAGACGGCCGAGCACCUCGAAAUGUUUGCCCGAGAAGGUCUACGAACGCUCUGCAUUGCUCAGCGAGAGCUGGCGGAGCAAGAGUACAAGGACUGGAAGAAGGAGCACGACGUCGCUGCCGCAGCGCUCGAGAACCGAGAGGAGAAGCUGGAGAAUGUGGCAGAGCUGAUUGAGCAGGAUCUGAUGCUCAUUGGUGGCACUGCAAUCGAGGAUCGGCUUCAAGACGGCGUGCCAGACACCAUCGCCCUGCUCGGCCAGGCCGGCAUCAAGCUCUGGGUUCUGACCGGUGACAAGGUCGAGACGGCCAUCAACAUUGGGUUUUCCUGCAACCUGCUCAACAACGACAUGGAAUUAAUCCACAUGAAGCUCGAUGAAGACGAGACGGGUGAGACAAGCGACGACUUGUUUCUCGAGACGACGGAGAAGCUGCUGGACCAGAACUUGCAGACGUUCAACAUUGUCGGCGACGACAACGACCUCGCGGCAGCAAAGAAGAACCACGAGCCGCCCCCGCCGACGCACGGCCUCGUUAUUGACGGCUUCACCCUUCGCUGGGCUCUCCACGACCGCCUCAAGCAAAAGUUCUUGCUCCUCUGCAAGCAGUGCAAGUCUGUCCUAUGCUGCCGCGUCAGCCCGGCGCAGAAGGCUGCCGUGGUGGCAAUGGUCAAGAAUGGGCUCGACGUCAUGACGCUUUCCAUCGGAGAUGGAGCCAACGAUGUGGCCAUGAUUCAAGAAGCCGACGUGGGCGUAGGCAUCGCCGGCGUCGAAGGCCGCCAGGCCGCCAUGUCUUCCGACUAUGCCAUCGCCCAGUUCCGCUUCCUGCAACGCCUGGUGCUGGUGCACGGCCGCUGGUCCUACCGCCGCCUGGCGGAGAGCAUCAGCAACUUCUUCUACAAGAACAUGGUGUGGACCUUUAGCAUCUUUUGGUUCGAGAUCUUCUGCGACUUUGACAUAACCUACCUCUUCGACUACACGUACAUCCUCAUGUUCAACCUGUUCUUCACCUCGAUACCCGUCGGCAUCAUGGGCGUGCUCGACCAGGACGUUUCAGACAAGGUUUCGCUCGCCGUGCCCGAACUGUACCGACGAGGCAUCGAGCGGCUGGAGUGGACGCAGCGCAAGUUUUGGCUUUACAUGGUUGACGGCAUCUACCAGUCCGUCAUGGUCUUCUUCAUCCCCUACCUGCUGUUCAUCUCUGGCAGGUCGGUGACGUUUUCUGGGCUGGGCCUCGAGGACAGGUUGCGCUUUGGGGCAUACAUUGCACAUCCCGCCGUCCUCACCAUCAACGGGUACAUCCUGAUCAACACGUACCGGUGGGACUGGCUUAUGCUCCUGAUUGUGGUGGUCAGCGACCUCUUCAUCUUCUUCUGGACCGGCGUGUACACUUCCUUUACCGGAUCCGCCUUCUUCUACAAGACGGCCGCGCAGGUGUACGGCGAAGCCAGCUUCUGGGCCGUCUUCUUCAUUGUGCCUGUCAUCUGCCUGUUCCCGCGGUUCGCCAUCAAGGCGCUCCAGAAGGUCUACUUCCCAUACGACGUGGACAUUAUCCGCGAGCAGGAGAAGAUGGGCGAGUUUGCGCACCUCCUCGCUGCGGAUGACGAGUCGGAAGGGGCCAAGGCCAAUGACACCAAGAGCCAGAAGUCGAAGUCGUCCAACGGCUCGAAAAAGACCAAACACGUUCCCUACAACAGCGUCGACGAAGACCUGCGGCCAAUCUACCCGCCAUCGACGGCCACGCGGACGACGGCGCACAACCACACGCAGCACGGCAGCGACUCGACCAAUUUCACGACCAACCGCAUGUCUCUGGACAUUGUGCCCGCGAAUCGGCAAUCGCUUGACGUGCCUCCGCAGGGCCGACCUUCGGUGGAGAGGGCGAGGCCGUCGUACGACCGCAUGCGCAUGUCCAUGGAUCGCGUGCGGGCCAGCUACGAGGCUAGCAACGACUUUACGUCGGCAGCACGACUCUCUCGCAUCGAAUCCAGCCAGUCGGGCGGCGGCGGCGCCCGGCUAAGGGCCAGGUUACGAGGCCUGUCGUUGACCAAGAGUGCCAAUAAUUAG